CUCUCUCUCCCCCGCCCUUUAAUUCCGUUUCAGACACCCUUCCCUGGAGGAAGAUUCCACCAUCUGCCUGGAGAAGCAUACAGAUUCGAGCUUUGAGGAGUUUGGGAACGGAGAGAGAGAGAGAGAGAGAGAGGAGGGAGCCGAUGAAGACGGACGAAGAGAUGGGGCCCGACAGGGGCGUGGUGUUCGAGACGGACGACGAGGACAACCUCGCCCACCAGCACGGUGGAUCCGACUGCUCCCCAUCGUCUUCCUCGCCCUCCUCGGCGUCCUCUUACGGCGAUCACAUUGGGGGAGAUCCCAGUUCUUAUCAGACCACCUGGCCUCAGAGCUACAGGCCAUCGAUCGACGUAUUUAGCAGCGUGCCAUCUCCGAGAGUUGGGUUCUUGGCAGGAUCCAGUUUGGUCCGCGUGGGCAGCUCAUUCCUGAGGGCUUCGAUGGUUUCCACCCACGAAGACGAGCUAUCCUUUACCAAACCCUUCGUGUCCUAUGAUUCGGUGACAGACCACGAUGGACCUGAGGCAAUUCCUCCUCCCGAUGUUCCAAUGAAAAGCUCCUUUGCUUUUGCUUCUUACUGUGAAUUGCCUCCACCACAUCAAUGCUCUGCUGCUCAAGCAGUGGUCAAUGGAAUUAAUGUUCUGUGUGGAGUGGGACUGCUAUCGACACCGUAUGCAGUCAAAGAAGGCGGAUGGCUGGGCAUGCUUUUGCUGUUUUGUCUGGCUUCCAUCUCAUUCUACACUGGUAUUUUGCUAAAGAGAUGUUUGGAUAGCUUUCCCGGACUUAAGACUUAUCCUGAUAUUGGACAUGCGGCAUUCGGCCUGUCUGGCCGCAUAUUUAUAUCAAUAGUACUCUACCUGGAACUUUAUGGGUGUUGUGUGGAGUACAUAAUUCUAGUGAGUGAUAGCUUGACAUUCAUAUUCCCAGAUGCCAGCAUAAGUUUCUUGGGACUUGAUUUAAGCCCUCACCAGCUCUUUGCUCUGACAACAGCCAUCGCAGUUCUUCCGACUGUCUGGCUGAAGAACCUGAGUGUGCUAUCUUACCUUUCAGCUGCUGGGGUGGUUGCGACGAUAUUGGUCAUAAUCUGCUUGCUCUGGGGGGGUGUGGUAGAUCAAAUAGGAUUCCAUCCUGGUGGAAGGGCACUAAAUCUGGUGGAUCUUCCGGUUGCUCUUGGAUUAUAUGGUUUUGGCUACUCUGGCCAUUCGGUUUUCCCAAAUAUAUAUUCUUCCAUGAAGAGACCAUCUCAAUUUCCGACUGUCCUCAUAAUCUGCUUCGUGUUGUGCACGAUUAUGUAUUCUGCGGUAGCUGUGGCAGGGUAUCUGAUGUUUGGUGAUUCUCUUAAGUCUCAGUUUACACUAAACAUGCCUCGCCAAUAUUUGGCUUCAAAGGUUGCAGUAUGGACUACGGUUAUAAAUCCACUCUCAAAAUAUGCAUUGACUAUGACUCCAGUCGCGCUGAGUCUGGAAGAGCUGCUGCCUUCAACUAGUCAAUCCAAUAUAGUCAUGCUCUCGCUCAGAACAUUUCUGGUUCUCUCCACAUUGGUUGUGGCACUUACGCUGCCAUUCUUUGGAUAUGUGAUGGCACUGCUUGGAUCUGUUUUCACAAUGCUAGUGGCUCUCAUUUUACCCUGUUCGUGCUACCUCAGCAUCAAGCGCAGAUCUGUGGAUUUUAUACAGGCUUCAGUAUGUGUUCUAAUUAUCGUGAUCGGACUAGUAAGCUCCUUCAUCGGCUCGAUUUCCUCGAUCAAGCAAAUGGUCAAUCAGUAAAAGCAUCAGCUUCUUUGCAAGUGCCAAUCUGAUUCUGAAGUAUGCUACAGUAAGUCCAAAGAAAUAGUUCCAUGGCUCUCUGCCAUCAGCUUAGUACUUGUGAAGGAUGAACCAGUGCAGAUCAAGUGACAAAGGUCCCUUGGAAGGUCUCUGAUCAGAUGGACAUAGAUGUUACAUCUUAAAAGAUGUUUUGGUGUGUAAUCUAAUUCACUUGUCCCUUUUCUGGGCAUGUUAUCAUCAGAUUGACUGAAGAUGCUGAUGGUUUGUUUUAUUAGCUGAAAAAGGAAGGAGAUAAUUCUCACUUAUCUUCUUGAUUUCUUCUUUCAUUUUUAGUCUAUGUUCUUCUGAUCUAUGUUGAUUCUAGUUCAUGUCAUCAGGUGAUGGUUUGUUCCAUUAGCUGCAAAUGGAAGAACAUCACUCUCACUUUGUCUCUGUAUGAUUCUUCUUUCAUUUUAGUCUCUGCUUCUAAUUCAACCAUUUACCACAUCAACCAAAUUACUCGAACUAAAAAGCUGAUAUCGGAGAUCAGAUCAAAUAUAUAUAUAUCUAUACACGAAACCUAAUUUUGUCCUUCGACUUCACCAUCUCUCUUGUUGGAUAAAGCUGAAAGAUCUUUGCCAACAAGAAGAAGAAGAAGAAGAAGACAGUAGCAGAAGAAGGACGGGUCUCGUCAGGAGUAGUCUCUCCAGCAAAUGAGCAAGACGACACAGCGGCGCAUGAUGUAGAACCUUGCCCUCUGCUCUUUAACCAGACUCGCGCAGCGCCUGGAGAAGGACUGCGUCAUGCUUCUCCUUCCCCUGUCCCCCUUCUUCGACAGCUUCCACUUCUCAUCCAUGUACACCUCCAUCCUCAAUUCUGGAUCUGACAACAGCUGCCCUGACUGGCUUAGCGGAAUGCGGACAGAGAGAGAGA